AUGUCGUCGAUGUCCUCGAGAACGACUCCGCGGCGAUCCCGCUCGACGUUGGGCCGUCUGAUGUCGCUGAUGGCGGCCGAGAUGAGACCCCCCUCCCAGCAGCUGUCGAUAUUCAAACAGCCCCAGUUUUCGCUGCCCAUGGCCCGACCGCCGCUGAGACUGCUGCUGGGACUGGGGCUGGGCCGCCUGACACCAGUGCCGUUCGUCCCCUAUACGGGGUCAAUCUCGGUAUCGAUCCGAGCCAAUCCCGAUGUCGGUAGUGGUCCUCUGCCGUGGCGGUUAGGGGACGUGCUGAUUGUCCACAAAGACGACGGGCAAAUGUUCCAGUUUGACCAUGUAUUCAGCGACUUAAACGUCACCAAUCGCCAAGUGUACGUGCGCAGUUGCCAGCCGUUGGUGGAGAAGUUUGUCGCCGAUGGCUACAAUCUGACGAUCUUUGCCUACGGGAUGACGGGGCUGGGCAAGACGUGGACGAUGAAAGGCGAUGCCCAAGAUCCCGGGGUGGUACGUUUGGCGGCGGACCACAUAUUUAACCACAUUGAGAACGAUACCUCGGGAGCCACCUACGAACUCUGGGCGCUGUACUUUGAGAUCUACAACGAACGAGUAUUGGACUUGCUUAACCCUGGCCACCACAGCGAUCUUCAGAUUCGCAGUGACCGCGAAUUCGGCAAUAAGAUUGUUGGUUUGCAAAUGCCUCAAAUCCACUCACGCGACCAAUUGCUUAGGCUUAUUGAAAGCGGUGACGUCCACCGCAAAACUGGGUCCACCGAUUUUAAUGCCCGCCUGCUGAGACUGCACCUGAUCCUCCAGCUUCGCCUUAAGACCUGUGACGGAUCGGAGCCGCGCUUCACCACAUUGACCCUCUGUGACUUGGCGGGACUGGAGAAAGCAGCGUUGCAUGCUGAACGCCGCAAGGAAGGACUGUUUAUCAACAAGCUGUUGCUUGCAUUGGGCACGGUCAUCGCCAAGUUGAGCGCCAAUCAGGGCGAACACAUCAACUACCGUGAUUCCAAGCUCACGCGGUUGCUUCAACCGUCGCUCUCGGGGCUGGCCCUCGUGCUGAUUUUGUGUACCAUCCACUUGGGGCUGCUGACGCCAGGGGUGGUGCUGGAGACCCAUAACUCGCUUCGGUUUGCUGCUCGGGCAAAAGCAGUGGAAGUGCAAGUACAACAACAACAGCGUCGUUACUCGUCAGCGGUGGAUGCCCAAGUGGUGGAAGAGCUUCGUGCCCAGGUGGAAGCCCAACGACGCGAGAUUGAGCAAUUGAAGGAGCAGGUCCCCAACCCGUUUAUGGCGACAAACUCUCACUCCAGUAGCCCACUUCAGGGAGGUAGCCAGGCCCAACUCGAAGCGGAAAACCGGAUUUUGAACGAACGCCUCGAACACUGGAUCCGCCUCAACGAUACCCGCCAAACGGAAAAGAUGCUUUUGAAGAAUGAGGCGAUCAACGCCAUCAUUAAGAUGGACGAUGUCCCCCAAAUCGCGAUCCAACUGCUUGAAGAGUACGCCCGGCGCGUGCACCACGAGAAUGCCGAGAACCAGCUGUACAUCUCCCACUUGGAGCUGAGACUCCAGCUGGCGUUGCAAUCGCCCCAGGCACUGCUGCCGCUGCUCGAAGCCCGGAUCCGCGAACUAGAGGAAGAGAACCAAACCCUCAAAGAGACGAUCAAGGACAAGAACUUCAUCAUCAACACGAUGCUGCGGUCGACGAACUUGCGCCUUCUGAUGGAGCUGAGAGAUAAGGAGAACGUGUCUCCGAUCAAGAAGCGGAUGCCGUUGGCUCCCACCCGGAUAUAG